AUGGUGGAAAGCGACAGCAGGUUGCCACCAAGCGAGACGGCCAUGACCUCAACGUCGCCCGGAAUGGUGACAGUGAGAUCUAAGCCAGAGUACAUCGACCUGCCCCAGGACGUCCUUGACGAGCUUCGCCGCAUCUUCAUGCAUCAUCCCGAGGAAAUGUUCGUGCAGGUGGGGCGCUGUGCCAGCACCGGCAAGGACAUCACACUCUGCUACAGCACCUUUGGCAACCCGUCGGACCCGUGUAUUCUCCUCAUCAUGGGCAUGAACGCGUCGUCGCUGAUGUGGGACAGCCGAUUUUGCUGCCACCUCGCCGCAGCCGGCUUUUACGUGAUUCGCUACGACAACCGCGACGUGGGCCUCUCCACCCGCCUUGACGAGUACCCGUCGCCGUUCAUCCUUCAGCUGGCACUGCCUGCCUGGGCGUCCAUCGGCGAAAGGCCUAUAGCGUACACGCUGGAGGACAUGGCUGAGGACGCCGCCGGCCUGCUCAGGGCACUGAAGAUCAGCCAAGCUCACAUUGUCGGCUGCUCGAUGGGAGGCAUGAUUGCGCAGCUGUUGACGUUGCGGCACCCAGAGAUGGUGUCAAGCCUCUGCCUGCAUUCCACUUCUGCCGGUGCCUCCUGGCCCAAACCGUUGCUCCUGCUGAACCUCCUUGACCAGCCGGCAAGCACCAAUGAUGUGCACUCGGUUCUUGACUACCGCGUACGCUUCUUCAAGGCGGUCGCUGGAGAGAUGGCCUUCCACGAGUACGAGUUCCGCCUUGGUAUGUGGUUCGACUUUGUCCGAGCGCCAUCCCAGGGGGGCGGACGUCGGCAUCUGGCCGCGAUUGCCCGUUCCAAGGACCGCAGCGCUGCCCUUAAGGCUCACAUUAACCGAGGGACCAACAAUGCGACAAACAGUAGCGGCAACGAGCGCAGUAGCGCAUCACCGCUGGGUGAGAGCACUGUGUCGUCCCGCCACAUCCCUGUGGUGGUGCUGCACGGUGGAAAGGACCCGCUCAUUCCCCUCUCCAACGCGCAGCAUCUGGCCAACUGCAUUAACGGUGCUCGACUGGUAGUCUUUCCGAAGAUGGGCCACUACUUUUCCAAGGAGAUGCAUCAGCCCAUCGCCGACGAGAUCAUUCUGAACGCGCGCCUGAGUGCGGUGACAAUGGGCAAGACGAUUCCCUCAUGA